AUGUGGAGCGCUGAAAGAUCUGCUGAUCGGAUACAAAUCUUAGACAACCAGAAUAAAGGCUUCCGGUGGUCGCCAACCUCGCCUCAGGACCGAAGAGAAUUCAAUUCUUUAGCAGUUGGCAUAAUGAAGGAGGAAGCGAAUCCAGAGGUUCGAAGAGAAGAAAUGUCAACUACAUAUGGAUGGAACCCCCCUUGGCGUCGCGUCGUUCGAUGGUGGAAAGGUGCAGACGCAGUAUUCCAGUCAUGUGUAGUAUUUAUUUUUUUCGUAUAUAAGGUGCUUGCCUUAUUCAUCACCAUCAUUCGAGUUGAUAUACGAGUUAAAAUGCAUCGACUUAGUUUGUUGCUUGUAUGCGCAUGCGCCCUAGCGGCUGCAUCCCGCAUCAACUAUAUGGACAAGCCUAUCUACCCCCUAGAAGAAGUUGAAAUGCAUUUUGAAGCAUUCAUUAAGAAGUUCAACCGAAGCUACUCAUCGGAAGCUGAAAAGAAAAUGAGGCUCGAAAUAUUCAAGACACACUUGGAGAAAAUUAAUCGGCAAAAUAUGGAUCCCGAUGAACAUGCCACAUUUGAUAUCACAAAGUUCGCUGACCUGACUGAACAAGAAUUCAUACAACAGUACACUGGACUGGACACCUCGCUGCACGUGCCUGGUCCCAAAGUUAACGUGUCAGGACCUGUUACAAUGGAUCUGCCUGAUAAUUUUGAUUGGAGAGAAAAAAACGUAGUAACACCGGUAAAAGAUCAAGGGCAAUGUGGAUCUUGUUGGGCCUUUAGUACUACAGGUUCGAUAGAGGCCGCUUACGCCAGGAAACAUACGACAUUGGUGUUAGUAUCUGAGCAACAACUAGUCGACUGUGAUAAAACUAGCAAAGGAUGUAAUGGAGGCCUUAUGAGAAACGCAUUGAAGUACUUACAAGGUGCUGGUGGGAUUGAAAGUGAAGAUGAUUAUCCCUACGUAGCAACAGACGGAGACUGCAAGUUUGAUGGUCAAAAAGUAGCAGUUAAGAUCACUGGCCAGAAACCAUACAACUUAAAUGAUGAAGAAGCUUUGCGCCAGACGUUGGUUUCUGACGGCCCAGUUUCUAUAGCUGUCGAUGCCACCGAUUUUCAGACGUAUCAUAGGGGGAUAUUAAAGAGUUGUCGAAGCCGCGAAAUAAACCAUGGUGUUCUAUUAGUUGGAUUUGGAACAGAGAGUGGUGUACCUUUCUGGAUAAUAAAGAACUCUUGGGGUGCAGGUUGGGGAGAAAAAGGUUAUAUUAGAGUCAAGCGAGGAAAUAAUCCUUGCAGUAUAUUGAAUGACCUAGCCGUGACUGCUGAGGUCGCCUACGAUGCUGAAAUGCAUUUUGAAGCAUUCAUUGAAAAGUUCAACCGCAGCUAUACAUCGGAAGCUGAGAAGAAAGCGAAGCUCGAAGUGUUCAAGAAAAACUUGGAGAAAAUUAAUCGCCAAAAUAUGGAUCCCGAUGAACAUGCCACAUUUGAUAUGGAGAGACAUCCGGACAGCAAGACGACACUCGCGCUUAUGAGCGCGAAUCAGUCUAGCACCGAUCACUUUCAUUCUGAUAUACGAGUUGAAAUGUAUCGGCUAAGUUUGUUGCUUGUAUUUGCAUGCGCCCUAGCGGCUGCAUCUCGCAUCAACAAUAUGGACAAGCCUAUCUACCCUCUAGAAGAAGCGGAAAUACAUUUUGACAUAUUCAUUGAGAAGUUCAACCGAAGCUAUUCAUCAAAAGCUGAGAAGAAAUCGAGGUUCGAAAUAUUCAAGAAAAAUUUGGAAGACAUUAAUCGCAAAAAUAUGAAUCCCCACGAGCUCGCUACGUUUGAUAUUAACAUGUUCGCUGACCUGUCUGAACAAGAAGCCAUACAACAGUACACUGGAUUGGACACCUCGCGCCACGUCUCUGGUCCCAGUAUAAUCGUAUCAGGACCUGUUUCAAUAGAUCUACCUGAAAAUUUUGAUUGGAGAGAAAAAAAUGUAGUUACACCGGUAAAAAAUCAAGGACUAUGUGGAUCUUGUUGGGCUUUUAGUACUACGGGGACGAUAGAGGGAGCGUACGCCAGGAAACAUUCAUCGUUGAUUGCAGUAUCUGAACAACAACUGGUUGACUGUGAUACCAAUGACUCUGGGUGCCAAGGGGGUUUUCCGAUUGAAGCACUAAAAUAUUUGAAGAAAGUUGGUGGGAUUCAAAGUGAAGAUACUUAUCCCUAUACAGCCAAAGAUGAAAAAUGCAAAUUUGAUCCUAAAAAAAUAGCAGUUAAAAUUACUGAUCUGAAACCAUAUAACUUGACUGAUGAGGAGGCUUUACGUCAGACUUUGGUUUCUGACGGCCCAAUUUCCAUAGGUGUAGAUUCCACAGGAUUUAUAAGUUACCAAUCUGGGAUAUUAAAAAAAUGUGAAAGCCAUAACCUAAACCAUGGUGUUCUGCUAGUUGGAUAUGGAACAGAGAAUGGCGUACCUUUCUGGAUAAUAAAAAACUCGUGGGGUGUAGGUUGGGGAGAAAAAGGAUAUCUAAGAGUCAAACGGGGAAAUAACCCGUGCGGCUUAUUGAAUGACCAAGCCUCAACUGCUGUUGUGGGUUGAAGUAAUUCUGGCAUGUAGUUUCAGAAAUAGAGAAUUGUUUUAUGUUAUGUAUAUCGUAUUAAUAGUGUUGUGUGUUUAAGUUUUUUUUUUUUAAUUUAUUGUGCGGGUAGGUACUCGCGUUUCACCGAUCGGCGUGGGUUGAAAAUCAGUGUUGCCCUCUGGGUAAAUUUUCACUGAACCCUGGCCUGGAUUUUUGGUGAGCUGCUGCACCUAUACCUUUAUGUUUUCCAACUAAAUAUUAAUGUGUGUAUAUUUUAAUGUUAUAAAUGUAUAUGUGUGUUGUAGGUUUUACCUGAAUGAACUUUUUUAUUAUUAUUUUUAUUACUUUAUAUUAGUAUUUUGUGGUUAGCAACAGAAUUUCAAGCAUAAUUAAUUGAUAAAUAAUAAAAAAAUAAACCUUCUAUUAUGUUUAGAUAACUUGAAUUAUAA